CGUGUUGGUUGAGAGUUUGUGUGGGCUUCUAUCUAGGAGUAAGUGGGCGCUGAAUGUGUCGCAUCCGUAUCCGAAGGGUGUGUGGACCGAGUAGAGUUCCCUCCUGUCGGGUUAUGAAGUCGCGGGAUUUUGGUUCUGUGGACGUUAUCGUUGGCGGGCGUAAGCAGCAGCGAUAAGUCGUAGUGCACUGGGUGUAGGAGGUGGAUAUUGUCGCGUGGCGGGCUAUAGGCAGCAGCGAAAAUUCCCGAUCAUUGGUCACUAUUUGGAUUUAAAUUUGCUUAUUUAACUUGAUAAAUCGUUAUGUUUUAAGUUGGCAUGUUUGUUUGUUGCCGUAAAUUAUCCUGGAGUGGAUUCUAGUUGCCUUCUUUAUGUGGGCUUUUGUGUCUGGGGAUUGCUCUUUCAUUUGCCGGUUUUUGUAUCGGAUUGUGUGUGUUUCUUUGAAAUAAAAUGGUACUCUUCACGUGAAAAAAAAAACCUGAUGAGCUUUCUACUGACUUUUUGUAUUUUUUUUUUUAACACGAGCUUUCUACUGACUAAGAGCAUCUCCAACCCAAAACAAUAUUAUAGUGUCAAGAUUACACCAUUUUAGUGUGAUUUCAACACUAAAACUUUUUUCAUCUCCAACCCAACUCCAAAACACUAUUUUAGUGUGAUUUUUACACUAAACAUCUCCAACCUAACACUAAAAGUUACACAACACUAUAAUUUCACACUAAAUUUGGUGUAGGAUUAUAGUGUUGCACUAAAAUAAUGUAAUUUUUAGUGUUGGGUUGGAGAGAUUACACUAAAAUAAUGUUUUGGAGCUGGGUAGGAGAUGGGUUAAGCACCGGCCCAGCGUGUUGACAAAACGUGUUUCACAAUGUCAAUAAUUGAGAUUUGACUGAGGAUAUUAUUUCUUUCUCGGGUAACGAACAAGAAUUGUUGACGCGUGGGAAGUGUAUUUGUCAUCUCUCACACUGCUGUUUCUUAUCGUUCUGUCACCCGCCAACGUCUUGUCGACACACCAAAACAAUCAAAAUUUUCUUCAUUUUAAUCAAAUAAAAAAUCACCAAACUUAAUAAAUUACUCAAAAGAAAAUUGCUUCUUCUUCGUCGUCUUCGAUUCUCAUGAAAUUCGAAUAAUAUUGGUUUUCCUUGGGGAAACUAUCAUUUGUCUCAGGAAGAUUCUCCAAUCAAGAAACGCCAUGGAUGAGAUGUUAUCCGAUCUAAUGUAUUUCCUGAAGAAGCCCUCUCUUGCAGAGACAUUCGUCGACAUCAUACUCUGGACUGCGCCGCCUGGGUUCGGCGCGCGGCGGCUUUGGCUCGCUUUCACAGCCCUCUCGGCUGACACUAAAGCCAACAAAUCUACGAGUGGUUCAGCUUCAUCGCAGCAGACACCUGUAGAGGAGAGUCUUCAAAGUGAUGAAGUUUCCAGAGCUAGCGAGACGGUGAGAGAGCAGGAGAUUGUGACAGAGAAUGAUCAAGAGCAUUUGCUACAGCUGCUCGAAGUUGGAAAUGCGACCAGGGAAUGGCAAUCCAUGAUGGACAAGACUACUCCUAAUAUGACCUACCAGGCUUGGCGUCAUGAGCCUGAGACAGGUCCUGUUGUUUAUCGGAGUCGAACCAUUUUUGAGGAUGCAAGUCCAGAUAUUGUUAGGGAUUUCUUCUGGGAUGAUGAGUUUCGACCUAAAUGGGAUUUCAUGCUUGCCAACUUCAAAACUUUGGACGACGACACUCGCACAGGAACUAUGAUUGUUCACUGGCGAAAAAAGUUUCCCUUUUUCUGUAGUGACCGAGAGUAUAUCAUUGGUCGUAGAAUAUGGGAGUCUGGAAAUAAGUAUUAUUGUGUGACAAAGGGAGUUCCUUAUCCAGCUCUACCCAAGCGUGAUAAGCCGAGGCGCGUUGAGCUUUAUUUCUCAAGUUGGGUUAUCAGAGCAGUUGAAUCCAGAAAAGGAGAUGGACAAUCAUCGGCUUGUGAAGUAUCUCUAGUCCAUUACGAAGACAUGGGAAUCCCAAAAGACGUAGCAAAGUUAGGCGUCCGUCAUGGCAUGUGGGGAGCAGUCAAGAAGCUAAACUCCGGUUUACGAGCCUACCAAACCGCCAGAAAAUCAGACUCUAGUCUAUCUCGGAUCGCUCAAAUGGCAAGGAUCACCACAGUACUGAACAUGGAUUCUACAGAAUCAUCCACAGAAGAUGAAGACAGAAGCAGAGCAAUGGGCUAUGCAAGGAGACAGCGGGACAAUUUGAGAAUGGACUGGAAAUGGGUAGUUGUAGGAGGUGUCGCCUUGGCUUGUGGCCUGCACACUGGGGUCAUUGGUAAGGCUUUACUGGCCGGCGCUGGGCAGAGACUUGCUCGUAGGUGAAAAACCUCGGUCGUAUUCUUAUUAUCUUCCCUUGACAGAAAAAAGAGAAACGUUUACAUAUAACCAAGGCAGAUGUAUUUUUCUUUCCGAUGAGAAAGAGAAUGUGGUUUUGAUGGUGAACCAUGUAUAGUAGUAGCAUUAAGCUGCGGAUUCUAAAUUGUUUGAGACCUAUCUUACUACAAUGGAGAGUUAGAUAUGCAUGUAUCUUCCAAAUAAUAUAAAUCUACAAAGCU